AUGACACUUUUCCACUUUGUCAAUUGUUCGUUAACGGCCUUUGCCCCCUACUAUAUUAUAUAUGAUGGAUUUAAGUUAUCAAAAAAUGUUGGAUCGACACAAUUGUUUGUUCUCGUGUGCUUUUACUAUAUCAUAUCGCAAUUUUUGAAGCUGUUCAUCUUGGCGUUUUUCUCAAUUGGACUUUUACAGAAUAUGAACCUUUUUAAUAUAAUUUUUCAAGAAUGUACAAAUUUCGCUGAUCUCGCGGGACUGUAUUACAUUUUGUCACACAAACACAUAAACACAAUAAACUUGAAAGAGAGAAUACUAUCUGUAGGACUCAGUUGGGGAUUCUACGAAUCUAUAGCCACAAAUUUUUUCCCAUUUUUUAUUGGUGGAAGAUCAAUGGAUUUUUCGUUAAAGCACAUCUACCGUUCUAUAUCAGCGAACACGUUUAUGUUUUCGAACCUUUCAAAAACGUUCUUGCUUUUCAUGUGGCUAAGAAAUACCCAGGAAAGAAAAAAAAUUAACGUGGUGAACAUUCUUUUAGCUUAUUUUACCUUUUUUUUGCCCCUUGCGAAUAAAAUCAUACUUAUACAGGAGGAAUCCUUUAAUAAAAGAAUUAUAAUUCAUCUGAUUGUGUUAUUAGCAUUUACCAUUUUCUUAUCGUUUGUUACAAAAUGCAUUUUUAAUUAUAAAUCCAGAAAUAAUGCUGAGUCGUACAAAGAAUCGCACAUGAGUAACUAUGAAAAUAGUGAUGAUAAUGAUAAUGCCGAUGAAAAUGAAAUAAAUAAAAAUCAAAAAAAAAAAAAAAAAAAAAAAAAAAAGUAG